GUAUCUAUUUAGUGUAACUAGUAAGUGAUAUUUUAAGGAUUAUUGUUAUUCAGUCAACUUGAAUCUAAUUGGUAAGAGGCUAAGUAUAGUUUUAUCCAACAAGUAACUCAUUUUCUCGGAAUGUCUUUAAAUAUAAUGAAAAAGUUAAACUUACGUGUGUUACUAUUUAUUGCAAAAGGUAAGGUAUGUAAGUGACUAAAGCAUUAAAGUUUAGGGUCAUAAUUAUAUCUUUAGCCUAUAAUUUAUUUGACUAAAAUUGCUAUACAUAAUUACAUAUAUCGGAUUAAUAACCAAAUUACACAAAUGUUGUCAACAAGUUUUAAGAAUCCCGAUGGAGGAAUGAAUCCUAAAUUGGCAAGGACUCUGAAAUAAGAAAAAAACACUUAAAACUUCCUAUUCUGAAAAAAUUCCCACAUUAAACAAGAAACUAAACACAAUUUAACAGUGCAAAGUAUUAGCAAUCCCGAUGGAAGUAGGAAUCCAAAUCUGCCAAGGACUUCCAAGUAGGAGAAACGAACUUAAAAUUUCUUCUAUAAAUUAGACACGAGCGUCAUUCAUCAAAAAAAAAAAAAAAACAAUCAGCAAUUGUAGAUUACUCUGAGAAAACAUGGCAACCAACAAAAAGUUUCUUUCUUCAGCAAGUAAAACUGUGUGUUUCUGCUCACCGUCAACUCUUCCAGGCGCAUUCAAGUGCAGGCUUCACCGUCCAACUGCACCCUCGACCUCAUCGUCAUCUUUACCGCCUUUACCGCCAAGGCGAGUGGUGGUAUCAUCGUCAUACUCCUCUUCGGCUUCUUUAACUCUGUCAAGAACAUCGUCAGGAGCAGCAGUUAUAAGGGCAGAAUCACCAAAAUCAAAGAACAUGAAGAAUCUGAUGGCCACAUUAAAAGUUAGUCUUAUGAAGGCCUAUCUUAUGCAGACUAUUACACCACCAUCAUGUCAAAGAAAGAGCGGGUUUCAGCCUAAUAAACCUUCGAGGUUCUCACCUUAUGUCGGCCAUUCUCAUCGAGUUGCUGUUUCUUGAUUAGUUAUAUUGUACGUCAUUACUGUUAUUCUAUAACUCAUGUACUAAGGCUAAGGUUUUUGCAAGUGUUUGGGACAUGAAUUUUGGGGUUUUGUAGCAUUUAUAUUGUACAUUCAAUGGUUAAUUUAGCAAUCUA